AUAUGAAGUUAACACAAGUCCAAUUCUCAGCAUGUGUUGUCUUCAUUCUGCAAAUUCCUUCACAACCUCCAAAAUGAUCCCCUACAUUAUUAUCAUCAAUUUUCUUCUAUGCAUGGCUUCUCAAAUUCUUUUGCCAACUAGAGCUGCCAUGGCCACUGGGUCAGAGGCUGAUAGGCUUGCUUUGCUUGCUUUAAAGGAUAAGCUGACCAAUGGCAUUCCAGAAGCUCUACCUUCAUGGAAUGAUUCUGUUCACUUCUGUAAAUGGCAAGGAGUUUCAUGCAGUCUCCGUCACAUGAGAGUCUUAGCAUUGCAUUUGACAAAUCAAGAUUUGGGUGGGACUCUUGCCCCAGUCUUAGGUAAUUUAACUUUUCUUAAACUCCUCAAUCUUUCCUCUAAUGGAUUGCAUGGUGAAAUUCCCGAACAAAUUGGCCGUCUUAAACGGUUGCAAUUUCUCAAUUUGUACCAAAACUAUCUCAAGGGAGAAAUUCCUGAAAGCUUGGCUAAUUGUUCUCAACUCCAAGAGAUUUUUCUUAAUCAUAAUAAUUUGACAGGAAAAAUUCCCUUUGGGUUUGGGUAUAUGCAUCAACUUGAAGUAUUGGCUCUCAAUCGUAAUGAAUUUGCUGGUCCUGUUCCACCUUCCUUGGGAAAUCUUUCGUCAUUGGAAACCUUAGCUCUAGCGUAUAAUAAUCUAGAAGGUCAUUUACCUCAAUCUCUUGGUAGGUUGUCUAAUUUGAAAUCACUCUUUCUAUCUCAUAACAAUUUUUUUGGCAUAAUUCCUCCUUCACUUUAUAAUCUUUCUCGGAUGGACUAUUUUGACUUGCCUUUCAACUAUUUGUCUGGAGCUAUUCCUUUGAAUAUAGACAUUGCUUUCCCAAAUCUUCGAUAUUUUAAUGUUGGACACAACUUGUUGAGGGGAACUAUCCCAAUUUCAUUAUCCAACAUCUCUCAAUUGCAGUUAUUUGCAAUAUAUGAAAAUGCUUUUAGUGGCCUAGUCCCUACCAGUUUUGGGAGAUUGCAGAACCUUCGUAAAUUUGAAAUUGAUGCAAAUAAUUUUGGGAGUGAUGAAGGUCAUGACCUGGAUUUCCUCUCAUCAUUAACAAAUUGUAGUCAAUUGAAUUUGAUAGAGAUGUUAGAUAAUAAAUUUAGAGGUGUAUUGCCAAAUUCAAUUGGGAAUCUCUCUUCCCAGCUUGAUUCGCUCAGUAUGGGAUUCAAUCAUAUCUUUGGAAGCAUACCUAAUGAGAUUGGGCAACUUGAUGGCUUAACUUAUCUUGUUUUGGAACAUAACUUUCUUCAAGGCACAAUCCCACAUUCAAUUGGAAAGCUUGGAGAGCUUGGAAAGCUUGCCUUAGGAGACAAUCAAUUAUGUGGAAGAAUUCCUGAUUUCUUUGGAAAUCUUACUAAGUUGUUAGAUUUAGAAUUGUUUAAUAACAAUUUUGAGGGAACCAUUCCAAUAAGCAUCAAACAUUGUAAAGGUAUGCAAUCCUUGUACCUGAAUCAAAAUAACUUGAGUGGUAAUAUACCAAAUCAAACUUUUGGUCCUCUAGAAAGCUUAUUAUAUCUUGACAUGUCUUCCAAUUCCUUGACUGGUCCAAUUCCAUUUCAGAUUGGUAACAUGAAACAACUAGUGAAAUUGAAAUUGAGUCAAAACAAUUUUUUUAGUGACAUUCCAAUGGAACUUGGGGGAUGCUUGCAGUUGACAAAUCUUGAUAUGAGUAAUAACUUCCUUCAUGGAAGUAUCCCCUCAUCAUUUAGUUCCUUAAAAUCUCUGAUCAGCUUAGACCUUUCCAACAAUAACUUGUCAGGAAAAAUCCCACAAGAAUUAAAUGGUCUUUCAAUAUUGAAGACUUUGAACCUAUCUCACAACCAUUUCUUUGGCGAGGUUCCAAAAGGAGGAGUGUUUGAUAAUGUCACAGCUAUUUCACUCACAGGAAAUGGGCAUCUUUGUGGUGGAAUACCUCAACUCAAGCUACCUAAAUGCCCAAAGAAGAAGAAGGAGCAUUUCAAAGUAAAAAUCCUUAUCAUCGUGACAAGUGGUGUUCUUGCUUGUUUUGCAAUGUGCCUAGUCAUCAUUUGCAUGAGAAGAAAAUAUAAAAAGUUGUCUUCUUCCCCAUCUUCUCCACAGAAUAUCCAUUUGAGGGUUUCUUAUAAGGAGCUACAUGAUGCAACCAAUGGAUUCUCUUCAUCCAAUUUGGUUGGUGUAGGAAGUUUUGGUUCUGUAUACAAAGGAACUCUCCAACACUUUGAAAGACCUAUUGCUGUAAAGGUACUAAAUCUUGAAGCACAUGGGGCAUCCAAGAGUUUCAUCACAGAAUGCAAAACUCUUAGUAAAGUUCGGCAUAGGAAUCUUUUAAAGAUUCUAACAUCAUGUUCAAGUAUUGACUACAAAGGCAAUAGUUUUAAGGCCCUUGUUUUUGAGUUCAUGUCUAAUGAGAGCUUGGAGAAUUGGUUGUCAACAAAUGAAUGGGGUGAACCGAGGAAUCUCAAUUUCGCACAAAGAUUAGAUAUAGCAGUUGAUGUGGCUCAUGCUUUGGAUUAUAUUCAUCAUGAUUUUGAGGAAGUUAUUGUUCAUUGUGACAUCAAGCCAAGUAAUGUUCUUCUUGAUGAUGAUAUGGUGGCACACUUAGGAGACUUUGGAUUAGCUAGGCUUUUUCAUGAGGCUGCAAGCUAUUCUAGUGAAGGUCAAACUACAUCCUCAGCAAUUAAAGGAACUAUUGGGUAUAUUCCCCCAGAGUACGGAGAAAGUGGCCAAGUUACAACACAAGGAGAUAUCUUUAGUUACGGGGUUCUCUUGUUAGAGAUGCUCACUGGGAAGAAGCCAACAGAUAACAUGUUUAGUGGUGAUCUAAGCCUAUCUAAAUAUUGCAAGUUAGCAUUGCCAGAUGGAGUCCUUGAGAUAGUGGAUUCAAGUUUGCUUGUUCUAUCUGAUAGAGACCACAAGAAGAUUAUGCAAAAUUCAGAUAUGGAACGUAACAUACAAGAGUUCUUUGCAAGCUUUGCCAAGAUUGGAGUUGCAUGUUGUGAAAAAUUUCCUGGUCAACGAAUAGGCAUAAAAGAUGCUUUAGCAGAGUUGCUUACAAUUAAGCAAAAGCUGUCCACUUUUAACAUUGCCAUAUGAUCGUUAGCUGCAUGGCUCUUUUGACAUGGGUCUUGUGAUGGUUCUUCUCUAUAUGGAGUUGGCAUAUUUAGUAGUUGUAAGCAAUAGCAAGCUUUGUUUUAGCUAGCUUUUUAAUGUAACUAUUUACGUAUUCCUUUUUUUGGGAAAAAAUAUUUACAUAUUUCAACUUUUUGUUUUAUGUUGAGUGUUGCUUCUUGGGUUGAUAAAGAUUGAAUAGUUUUAUUCAUAUGGACAUUUGAUAUACUUUUGCUGA